CCAACAUCUUCCACAACAGCUAUCCACGUAGCUAUGACGUUAGCAUUUUUGGCUUUUUGUUUAUAUUUACUGGUCUUACAAGCUAAAUCUGUGGUCUGCCAUAUUUUCUCACAUACCACUAUACAGCAUCAACAUCAUUCCAGAAUCCAGAUGGCACAUUAAAGAAUUAAAGUAAAUGAGAAGCUGUUUCUGCUGACUAAACAAAGCAACAUACGUUGGAUUUGUCCAGAAAGAAGCUAAAAUGAAUCGAAAGGCCGACCAACUCAAAGAACAAGCCCAGGAACUCCAAAAUACUUUGGAUACAGCCAGUGACACUGAUCAACACCACAUACGGGUGAGCGAGUUCAAUUUCCCCCGAGCAGAGAAGGAGGCACUGGAAAAUAAAAUCAAUCACCUUAAUAAGGAGCUGUUUGAGAGCAGGGAGGCCAUAAGACUCAGUGAUCAGGCUGUAGAUCAAGAGACUCAGAAGCUCCAUGCAAUCCUUGGUGAAAUCAAAGCCAUAGAACUUAUGAUCAACACUGACAAUGAGGCUCUGCUUCAAGAAAAUGAGGCCUUGCAGAGACAACUUGCUGAAAUCAACAAAAAAUUGGCUGACAGCAAACAGAAUUUAAGAGAAAAGGAUGAGCAACUUCAGCAGCAAGUGCAGGAGGUGCAGAAAUUACAGGAGGCACUCUGUGAGUUUAAACAUCAGUGUGACAGUCUGAAUGAGGUAAAUACCUCCCUGAUGGAAAGAAACGAAGCCUUGCAGAGAGAGCUUGUGGUGAUCAACAUCAGUCUGGCGCACGGCAAACAAGCUUUAGGACAAAAAGACCAGCAACUUCAACAACAAGUCCAGGAAGUCCAAACGACACAGGAGGCACUUGGUGAGGUCAAACAUCAGUAUGUGAGCUUGUGUGAUAUAAAUACCUCUCUGACAGACAAAAAUGAGGCCUUGGAAAUUAAAGUGCAACAGCUCACAAAGAAUCUGAAUGUCAAAGAAGAGGAAAUUCGACUCCACAAUCAGGCUCUCCAACAAGAAAUCCAGAUGUUUCAAGAAAUCCUGGCCGAUCUCCAAGACUUUAAUAGGAAAUAUGUAUUGCUAAAGGUACAGGCAGAGAAUGAGCCAUCAAGAAACCUUGGGGCUAACAAAAUGUUGUGCCACGGAGAGAAGAGCAUACAGGAUCUUCAAGAAGAAACCCAGCACCUCCUCUAUUCUGAAUCAAGGGAUGAAGGCCAAAAUGAAGAAAAAACAGAAGGUGUGAAUGCAUCCAUUACGGAGGAUCCAGCAGAGAAGGCUUUAACACUGGGCACUUCAGCUGAAACAUCUAAAACUGUAAAUCUGAACCAGAACCUGCAGCAGCAGCAGCUAUCUCCAGAGGACCUUCACAAAGAAUGCCCCUGUGUUGCUGAAACCCCACAGAAGCAGAAGUCUUACCUCUUGAUUAAUUGGUUCGCACAAACCCUUCUGAAAAUGUACAAAACAGGAACAAUGAGGUACUGGGUUGAAGCCUGGUAUUUCUAAAUAAACACAAAUGAAAAAGUG